ACCACGAGGCAGCAGCGCUGGAGAGUCGGCAGUGCGGAGAGGGGGAAACCGCACGGCCAGCAGCACGACGAGUCAGCAGCUGCGCGCGCGCGCCGAGUGUAUAGCUAUACGUAUGCCGAGGCCCGACUGCUUUGGAGUGGAGGGAGAAGACCCGAUUGGCAACCGGUGGAGGCGCGCCUGCUAACAUCUGAGAUAAAUGUGUAGAGGGCAUAAGCCCAGUUCAUACUGGCGCCGUUGUACGCGGCUCAGAGCCAGAGAUAUGGUGAAAACAAGGGCGUGAGAGAGUGAGAGAAUGAGUCGCGGUUCGAAUCGCGCGCGUAUUGACUUCUGUAUCGACGCCUGUUUAGUCGCCUGCGUGCGAGAAAUAUCGAUUAUCGACAGGCUCGAUGAGGUCCUCGUGGCGCAGAGACCCGCGACGCGGGAUGGUAGUUCCGGACGGCAACGGGCACGAAACCGGGAGUAGAUCCCCCCGGUUUUGAUUAACUGCACGAGAGAGUUCUUCGCGAGUUCGCUUUUCUUAGAGUACGAGACAUCAUCAGGAGGAGAGGAAGUAACAGUUGUGGUGCGGAAAUUGGUAGCCAGAUCGAGCAAUGGGACCCGAAUCGAAAUCUUUCCAGAACGAGAAAGCAUCCACGCAAAUCAGCAAUUUAUUUAUACAUCAUCUUCAAGUAAACGAUGAAUUUCACAGUUGAUGAUUUUAUAAAUAUUUUAGACAAUCAAAAAACUUACUUGGUACGCUUAAAUAGUAAGCUGCAUUUUGAAACCCAAUUUGACACGCAAGGUUUGAAGGAUAUUCAAGAAGUUAUCAUAGCUGCUUCAAAAAUAUCACAACAAAUAAGUAGAGUGAUUAUACAAUUUGAAGAGAAAAUUAACUUGAGCACUUUGAGAUUGAUCAUCGACCAAAAUAUAUAUUCCAUGCGAUGCGUACUUGAUAGAAUAUCACGUAUCAUUUCUGAGAGAGAAGUAAAUUCUAGCCCAGAAAGCUUGGCAGAUACAGUGAUCAUUGCCUCAAGUGACGAAAGCGAAGAAGAAUGGCUGUGCAAUACAUCAACUUUGGCCUGACCAAACUAUAAUAGUGGCAAUAUUUUAAAAGUAAACAAUCCUUUCAUUUUCCUUUAAUAAAUAUAUCCGAAUACAGUCAAUAUGUUUGCGUGCGAUAACUGUACUUCAGUAUUCACAAGUAUUAUAUUAUACAAUGACCAUCAAAAAGUGCACAGAAGUUCUGUAGUGAAUAAGAUAACAUGCGUCUAUACGGGUUGUCGUACUGCUUUAAAAAAUUAUUUGAGUUUUAGAAAACAUUUAGUACGAUUUCAUAGAUCUCAUUUUUGUUAUAGUUGUAAGCACAGUGGAUGUCAAUAUAAAUGAACUAGUGUAUUGAUGCUUAAAAAACAUAAAGAAAUUCAUUCAAAUGUCAAACGCAGUUUUGCAAUAAAAUUUCACAUUCACAAAUUAGCAGCCUCGAGAUAUCUGUAUUUCCAAAAUCAUUAAAUGUAAACAAUAUUUUGAAUCCUUUGAAACGACGUAAUGCUUUUACUGAAAUCGAUACGGGAAAAUUUACUAAUGAUUCUCAUAAUCCGCCAAAAAUGAUGAAAUUAAGUAAUGAAUGUAUGAAAUUGACAUGAAUCAUAAAGAUGUAUUGCGUACAGAAUAUUUAGAAAAUUCCACCGUACUUGAUCUUUAUUCGCAUGGGGUUUUAAGAACUCAUUCGUUCUCUACAAUUGUAAUGGCAAAAUCAAACGAUGUGUUAGAAAACGCAGAUUUUCCAAUUUUACAAUCAAUCGAUUUUGAUAAAAAUAAAUCAAGCCAUGACCGUAAUGAUGAAAAUAUCGAAAAUACGCCAAAUUCAUUGACAGUAAAUUCGUUGAAUUGGGAAGUCAAGCAAUAUAUAUCGUGUGAAAGAAAUGAAACUGAAGUUGUAGAUCUCAUACAAAACUUAGCGAAAAUAUACCUACAAUUAUCAGUCAAACAUUUUGCGACUGAAUCCGUUCUUCAAGGGGUCAUGAAUGGAAUGUAUUCUGUAUUUGAUUCAUGCAAAGCAAAAUUUACUGAAUUACUUUUUCAUUCAAAUCUCAAUGAUAAAGACAAUGUUAGUAGCAUUUUUUGUAAAAGUUUCAAUAGCUUUAUUAAUUCACACGACCCGAAAAACGGUAUUUUAAGAAGUACUUUUACGAGAAAACAAUAUUAUAAAAAAGAAUACAAUUUUAUUCAACCCAUUGAAGUACCGAUUUUAGAUGAUGACGGCAAAGAAACGCAAUGUUAUUUCAGCUAUGUACCCGUACUAGAAACCAUUAAAACGUGGCUGCUGAAUGAUAACGUUAGACCAUUUUGCAUAAAUCCACGAAAAAGUACUACUGCUCAAGGUUUAUUUGAUGUUAAAGAUGGGAAUGUAAUAAAAAAUAGCGAAUUUUUCAACAAAAAUAAUACUGUACAGUUAAGUUUUUACCAAGAUGCUUUUGAAGUAUGCAAUCCACUUGGCGCAUCAAAAUCCAAGUUUAAGUUGAUCGGAGUAUAUGUCACUUUGCUAAAUUUACCGGCUUUUCUUAGAUCAAAAACUGAUAACAUCAAGUUGAUAAUGUUAUGCAAUAACAACUUCGUAACUAAAUUUGGUUGGAAAAAAAUUUUAAGAAACUUACUUUUAGAUUUACAUACAUUGGAAAAUGAAGGUAUAAAUAUUACUAUCAACUCAGAGCAUAUGAAAUUCACUGGAAGCAUAGCUGCAUGUAUAGGCGAUAACUUAGGUAAUCACUCUAUUGGUGGUUACGUAGAGAACUUUAGCUCUGCGCAGUUCAUAUGUCAAUAUUGUGAAAUAAUGCUCAAAGAUUUUCGCGAAAAUCCUUUCGAUCGAAAGCAACUAAGAAAUAUUGCUAAUUACGAUAAACAUGCUGCAGAAGCUGAGUAUUUAAAAAAACCAGUUAAAGGUAUCAAAAUGAAAUCUUCAUUAAAUCAACUUCAAAAUUUUCAUGUUGCCGGACCAGGUCUAGCUCCAUGCGUAGCUCAUGACCUUUUCGAGGGAAUAGUUUCGUAUGAUCUGCAUUUGAUAAUAACAUAUUUUAUUAAAAAAAAAUGGGUACGCUUAGGUUUAUUAAAUUAUAGAUUGAACACAAUCAAGUUAAGUAACGAAACUAAGAAUUUUAUUCCUUAUAUUAAAAUUAAUUCAACAAAAAAAAAUUAACUGGCUCAGCUAGCCAGCUUAAGAGAUUAGUGUUGAUUCUUCCCUUGGCUUUAUAUGAUAGAAUAAAGGAUCCGUAUGACGAAGUCUGGAAGCUUCUACUUCUUUUAAGAGAAAUAUGUUGUAUAGUUAGUUCACCAGCAUUAAGUUUUAAUCAAAUAGCAAUUUUAUCGAAUAUUAUAUCUGAGUAUAUAUAUUCAAGAAGCACAUAUUUUACAAACCCGCUAAGACCAAAGCACGAAUUCCUCAUGCACUAUCCAAAGCUGUUUUACGAAUUCGGGCCAUUAAAACACGUUUGGACGCUUAGAUUUGAAUCAAAGCAUAGUUAUUUUAAAAGCAUAGUAGAAAGCUUGAGAAAUUUCAAAAAAAUACAUAUGACAUUAGCAGAAAAGCACGAAUUAUUACAAGCUUCACUUGAACGGCAGUAUGAUAUUGUCGUUGAAUCCAAAGAUGCAAUACCGUAUAUAUCAAGCGAAUACGAAACUGAAAUUUCAUCAUUAAUAAAUGAUUAUAUUUCGAGCAAUUCAAAGACAAUAUCACAUGUCGCCAAGAAUGUUACUUUUUGCAAUAUACAAUAUUCAGAAAAUAUGAGUAUUUGCAUAGGUAAAAAUACUUUUGGAAACUUUAUUAUCUGCAACAUAAAAUAUAUAUUAAUUAAUGAUAAAUUCAAUUACAUUUACUUUGUUGGGUGGACCGAUGAGAUUAUUCCCUUCGAAGAGUUAGGAGUUUACGAAAAAGUAGAAUACAAAGGUUCAGAAAAUAGAUCCCGAUGGCUCAGUAUCUUUCCGUAUUCCUACCUUUUAUCACCUGAUCCUUUACCAACAUACAACUU